AUGUGUUUGUGGGAGGUUCAAGUUGAUGAAUUACCAUGCCCACAUGCUUGGGCUGUAUUGAAGAGCAAAUUUCUAAUGCCAGAAGAAUAUUGCUCUAACUAUUACAAACCAAAUUCUGUUGUAAUGACAUAUGAUGUGCAUGUGUAUCCGCUGCCAGACAGAAAUGACUGGAAUAUACCAGCACAUAUUGCAGAGGAGGUUGUAUUACCACCCAAAUGGAAAAGACCUCCUGGAAGGCCAAAGAAGAAGCGUGAUAAACCUUUAAGUGAAUUGCUACAGCCAAAAAAUCAACAUUCAUGUAGCAUAUGUAGGCAGGGAGGACAUAACAAGCGAACACGUAGAAAUGCUCCACGUAGGAUUUAG